AUGCAGCGAUUCCGGGAAAGCAUUCACAUACGUACAAUGAAGGCAAAGAGGAAAGUGGAGGAGAUCUCCAAAGAGGAUGUCCAGGCUUUCCUCAAGAAGAAUGCCUUUGUGCUCUUUACAGUUGGGGCAGUUAUUGUAGGUAUUGGUCUGGGAUUUGCGCUCCGCCCGUAUAAGAUGACCUAUCGAGAAGUGAAGUACUUCUCUUUCCCUGGAGAGCUGUUAAUGAGAAUGCUUCAGAUGCUUGUUCUCCCCUUACUGGUCUCCAGUCUAAUAACAGGAAUGGCAGCUUUGGACAGCAAAGCCUCAGGAAAGAUGGGCAUGAGAGCCGUGAUUUACUACAUGACCACAACCUUUAUCGCAGUCUUCAUUGGUAUCUUAAUCGUCCUCAUCAUCCACCCUGGAAAAGGAUCAAAAGUAGAGUUUGGAAAGCAGCAGAAAAUUGAACAAAUCAGUCCUGCUGAUGCCUUCUUAGAUCUGAUCAGAAAUAUGUUUCCACCAAACUUGGUCCAAGCCUGCACACAACAGUUCAAAACCAAAUAUGGAAAGCGAGUAGUCCAUGUGACUGUGACAGUGAAUGACUCCCUCUUCAACUCGACCAAUGGCACCCUGGAGGUCAUGGAGAUCACCCGGGAGGAAGUGAUCCCAGUGCCAGGUCAGGUGAACGGGGUCAAUGCCCUCGGGCUGGUGGUCUUCUCCAUGUGCUUUGGUCUAAUAAUUGGCAACAUGAAGGAGCAGGGCCAGCUCUUGAGGGAUUUCUUCGACGGCCUUAACGAAGCCAUCAUGCGUCUGGUUGCCAUCAUCAUGUGGUAUGCUCCUAUUGGUAUUCUGUUCCUGAUUGCAGGAAAAAUUGUGGAGAUGGAUGAUCUGACAGAGAUGGGCGGCCAAUUGGGCAUGUAUACCAUCACAGUAAUCAUUGGCUUACUGAUCCAUGGAGUUAUUAUUCUUCCCACCCUUUAUUUUGCCAUCACGCGACAAAACCCCUUUGUCUUCAUUGCUGGGAUCCUGCAAGCUCUGAUAACAGCCCUGGGGACCUCCUCCAGCUCAGCCACCCUGCCUGUCACCUUUAAAUGUCUGGAGGAGAACAACAAAAUUGAUAAGAGAAUCACACGUUUCGUGCUGCCUGUGGGUGCCACCAUCAACAUGGACGGAACAGCUCUGUAUGAGGCACUGGCAGCCAUCUUCAUUGCCCAAGUCAACAAUAUGGAGAUGAACUUUGGUCAGAUCAUCACCAUCAGUAUUACAGCAACUGCAGCCAGUAUUGGAGCUGCUGGCAUCCCUCAGGCAGGCCUGGUCACCAUGGUGAUUGUACUGACCUCUGUUGGACUUCCUACUGAUGACAUCACUUUAAUUAUUGCAGUUGAUUGGUUCCUGGACCGUCUGCGUACCACAACCAAUGUUUUGGGGGAUUCGAUCGGAGCCGGAAUUGUGGAGUUCCUUUCUCGUCAUGAGCUCCGCAGCAAAGACGUGGAGAUGGGGAACUCAGUGCUGGAGGAGAGGGAGAGGAAGAAACCCUACAAGCUCAUCUCCCAGGAUAGUGAUUUUGAAAAUGACAAACGUGCUCACAGUGAAUCAAACAUGUAGUUUUAACCCACAACAUGUGUUGACGCACACAAACACUUACAGUUGGUUCUGUUUUCAGAGUAGGGACGCAAUUGUCAUGACGUGUCUUUCAUCCAAAACUGCAACGAUGACAUCCUAUAUAUAUGCAUCUGUUAUUUGUUUCCAAUAGAACUGGUAGUUUCUAUUUUGUAUGUUUACUACUUUAAUUAAUAUUUUAACUUCGUAAUACCCUCAUGUAGAGGUUGAGGUGAAUGUAGGUUUAGAUACGUGCUGGAUGAAGGAUUUAAACAUUGAAAGCGGUCUUUUGAAAUAAACCACAGAACAAUUGCUUUUGAAGAUAUUAUGUGAAGAAAUUACAUAUUUGGACUCUUACCAUUUUGUUACCAGGACAUAACUCAACUAAAAAUUAAAAAGUAUCUAUAUUGUCCCAACAUUAGCUGGUUGAUAUUGUGGUUAUUACAGGUUAUUACAAGCAUUUGAUUAUUUUUAUGUUUUCAGUGGUACAGAUUCUUUCUCACACACGUAUGAUUGCAACUGCACAUUCACAUUUUGACUGUUACUUGCUGAAUUCAUUUUUUUACCGACAUUGCUCUUUGAUGAAUAAAAGCCGUAUGAGAGCAAGUUAAAAUGUUGGGUAAUAAAACAGUUUUAGUUUUUGUUUAUUAUACCUUUAG